GAGCAUUGCCCUGCACUCCUAUCCCUCCAACCUAACGACGCAAAAUUUUUACUCCCUCUUCUAAAUGCUGUUCAAAUCCCAGAACUUCAUCUCCUUCAUAAAAUCUUACUCUCUCUCAACCUCAUUGAACCACCAACAAUGGCGAACCAUUACCAAAGUCCGCCUAAAAUGGGUGAAGAACAAAACUAUCGACCACAUCAUCGACAAAGAAACCGAUCUCAAAGCCGCCAUGCUUCUCAAAGACGCCAUUAAACGUUCUCCAACUUCUUACAUCACCGCCAAAACAGUUGUUGAUUGGCACAAAUUCCUAGGUCUCACUGUCCCAGUUCUUCGAUUUCUUCGAAGGUACCCAACUCUUUUCCAUGAAUUCCCACACUCUCGUUACCCUAGUUUACCUUGCUUUAAACUUACUGAUUUAGCUUUAACAUUGGACCAACAAGAACAGUUAAUUUAUGAAAAUGAUGAAAUGGGUGUUGUUGAGAAACUUUGUAAAGUUCUUAUGAUGACGAAAUCAAAAAGUGUAGCAUUGCAAUCAAUUUAUCCUUUGAAAUGGGAUUUGGGUUUGCCUGAUAGUUUUGAGAAAUUGAUGGUUUCUAAGUAUCCUGAUUAUCUUAGGAUUGUUAAAGGGAGUAAUGGAUUGCCACAUUUGAGCCUUGUGGAAUGGAGGGAUGAGUUUGCUGUUUCGGUUUUGCGAAAAAAUUGUGAGGUUAGUGAUUUAGGUGAUGAUUAUAAGGACUUUAAGAGGGGACAAACUUCAUUGGCUUUUCAAUUGAGUUUUCCUAAAGGUUAUGGGUAUCAAAAGAAGGUUAGGGCUUGGAUGGAGGAGUUUCAGAAGUUGCCAUACAUAUCGCCGUAUCAGGAUUCUACUAAGCUCGAUCCUAAGAGUGAGCUUAUGGAGAAACGAGUUGUUGGAUUGUUGCAUGAGUUUUUGAGCUUGACUAUACAUAAGAAGACUAAGAGGAACUAUUUAAGGAGUUUGAGAGAGGAAUUGAAUCUUCCUCAUAGGUUUACUCGAAUUUUUACCAGGUAUCCAGGGAUAUUUUAUCUGUCUUUGAAGUGUAAGACAACAACUGUUACUCUCAAAGAAGGAUAUCAAAGGGGUAGAUUAGUUGAUCCUCAUCCAUUGGUUCGUAUCAGGAAUAAGUUUUAUCAUGUGAUGCAAACAGGGCUUCUUUAUCGCGGUAAAGCUGCUAACUUUUUGUCGCAGCAAGAUUGCUUGCUUGAUAAUGCUGGAGAUGGAGAUGGAGAUGGCGAUGGAGAAGAUGAAGACAAUAAUAUGGACGAGGAAGAGCAUGAGACAGAAGAAGAAUACUGGCAGGAGGAAGGCUCCGGUCCAGAAGACGCUGAUGAGUAGUAGUUUAUAGUUGAACCACACAAGAGCACUAAGAAUGAUUCGGAAAUUAUGUAUUUUUCUGUCAGCUUAUCUUUUGGUUCAUCAGGCUGAUAGCUUCUGGUAUAAUUAUUUCUCACCACAGAUUAUCACCUCCUGGAGAUCAAAGAAAUUGUCGCGAGAUGUUCAUUCGUUAUAUUGAUGGUCUAUGAUAGAUACGAAUGUUUCAUUAA